AUGAAGAGCGAUACAAAAUUGGACCUUUAUGAAAUCCUGGGGGUGGAGAAAAAUGCUAGCGUGAAGGAAAUUGCAAAGGCGUACAGAAUACUGGUGUUGAUGUACCACCCGGAUAAGUUUGCCGCCAAGUGGGGUAAGGUUCCGGAGAAGAGCGAAACAGGCACGAAUGAGAAGGAGGAUGGAAAACUGGAUGUACUUGAGAAGGAGACAGUGGACGAGGAGGCAAACGAUGGGGAAGAUGAAAUUGUAAAGGGUGAUGAGGAGGGCGCCCCAAAGAAGCAACAACAGGACGGAGAUGAACCACUUACCCUACAAAAGUGCAAAGAAAUGUUUCUUCAAAUACAGAAGGCAUACGAAAUAUUGAGAGACCCUGAGAAGAGGAAGAAUUAUGACGAGUUUGGAUUAGAGGAUGAUGAAUAUAUUGAAUUUAAGAAUUAUUUAAACCCUAAAUUAUUUCAUGAAAGAAUUAAAGUAGAAGACAUACUAAACUAUGAAAAGAAAUACAAGAAUAGUUCAGAUGAAAAGGAAGACUUGAUCGAAUUUUAUAAUAAAUAUAAUGGAAAUUUGACGCACAUUUUGGAGUACAUCCCAUUCAGUGAAGAAUCCGACCUGCCCAGGUACAUAGACAUAUACAAUAAUUUGUUCAAGUCCAAGGAGAUUAAACAAACGCCUGAUUAUGACAAGUCUUUAAAAAAUAUGAACAACAUUGUUAAAAAGUAUAGCAAUUUGAAGAAGAAGGAUUCACGAAUGAGUAAAAAAAGGAAAAAUUCUGUGCCCCCCCUUGACGAUUUGGUUUUGGCAAUUCGAAAUAAUGAAGCCAAGAGGACGUUAAAAAUAAACAACCUUCUUUCAAACAUUGAAAAGGAAUAUCAGAAAAAGAACCCCAAGAAGAAAAAGGUCAAGCCGCCGACGGAGGAAGAGUUAAAAGAAAUUAGCAAACGGCUCGAGGAGAAUAAAAAGAAAAACGCCGCGUCGAAGAAGUUGAAGACUGCGUAA